GGUUCACCGCCCUUUCCGUCCAACUUCGACGUCUCUUCUUCUCUGCGUGUCUUCCUCUUUCCCAACCCACUUCCCUCUCCACCCUCUGUCUCUCUUUUCUUUUCUACUGGGUGCCUUCAAUUGUUUUGUCAUAGUCUAGGAAAAUCCCACAUUCGAACUGUCCCCCUCCUCCGCUGGCCCUUAUAUCGCCUUCCUCUCCCUCCCCACCACCUAUCUCAAUCUGAGAAUGCUCGUUCCUCGAGAUUAUUGAUCGAGUGAUGGGGAACUCCGGUUCAAUUUCGUCCUAGUGCUGUGUCUGUCUGGCUGUUGUCUGCUUUGCUUUUUCCUUUCCGCUCUCUCUCCCACCUGCGGAGAUACAUAACCUCGUCCUACCAUCCCUCCUUGCUUGUCCUCUCACCAUGCUGGGCCGAUUGUUAAACACCGCAGCCUCCACGUUAAGCCCGGCGGCCUAUUCUUCGCGAAACACUACUCAGCUGGAGUCUGUUACAGAAGAGGAACACACCUCCGGCCUGUUAUUCCCCGACGCCAGUUUACUCCGACGGUCCAACACACAUGCCUAUCCUUUGCAGUCAGCCUUCAAUUCGCCAAAUGCCUCCUCUGCAGGUGCUUAUGAUGACCGUGGUGGAAUAGAAUUGGACCCUGCGAGAGACUUUCGGGUGAUUAUUGCCCAAAAUGCGCUCGGGGAUCGGGAUGCUUGUGUUUUGCUGGAUACCCGUGCUCCGUCGGCCGAUCUGGCUUCUCUUGGCCUAGGUCCGGAUGCUCAGGAUCCUGCAUCGAGGCAUGGUCGUGCCGUUUCUGGUGUUUCUCGGGGCUCUCGGAGAGUCUACACGUCCCACUCUACGGCAGAACCGAGUGCGUUGUCGAAUGCAGCCAAUGCUCGGAGGUCCUCUGUGGCUAGUACUGGUGCCUUUACGCGGGCUCGAGGUCGUAGCUCUACCACCUUGUCACCGGCUGGAGCAUGGCAUGAGCCGGGCCACUCGCGCGGUUCAGCGGAUUCGAGUGAUUCCGGUCUGUUGAACUGUAUCUUUGGCAGCAGUGCGUUUAGCUAUCGAGGCUCGUCGACGAAAAUGCAUAUCAUUUCUGCCGAUGAGGAGCCAGGCAGAACCCCGAGUGCCUCUCCUGGCAUGCCCCGGGCCUUUACCACGGGUAGCUCAUCCAGCUUCAUCGGACCCAGUCGGCCGGGCGAGGACAAACCACCAGCGAAGGUGACGGUCCUCUUGACUCGCAUGUUCAGUGUCAACCUACCGGAGGGUGGGGGGGAACCGUCGUCGGACCAGAGUGAUUUUGCUGCCUCGAUGUAUCAGGAGUCUUUUCCCGAUGCUGGCUUCCCUUUCCCCGACAUCACCAAGCGCAAGAAGAUCAAAGAGAAAAAGACUCCGAUGUAUGCUGUGGCCAUCACCAUCCAAAUUCCAUUGAUCAGUCGCAAUGCUGGGCGCCCGGUGUCACGGUUCAGCUCGCAGGGGGUUGACUCUCCUCGGAUGGGAAUGUCUUGCUCGCUUGAUUCGGACUACCGCUGGCGCAACUCGUUCCUUGAGGAUAGUCUGUCAGCUGCGUCCCCACCGGCCAGUCUUGAUGAGCGUAUCGACUUGCUAGUUGACCACUGGGAUGUGGUCACUCGCACGCUAUCGCACAUGGAGAGACUUGCUCAGAAAGAGAUUCUUUUCCUCUUGAAAAAGGUGGAUUCCGUCUCAGGUGUACACCCGAAGCCUGUCAAACCGCCCAACAUGCAACGAACGAAUCAAACUAUUAUUCAACUCCCAGCAAACAUAUUGGCUGUGAACUCGAGACUCCGAAAUGAGGCUGUUCGCAGUACCCGCCGGAUUAGCACGGCCCUUCAAACGCCAUAUGUGGUGACGGGCCAGAGCCGUUGGGGCGUCUGGCGUGAAGAAGGUCGUUCGAUCGUCCGUACUCUUGGUGACAAAGAGCAUAGUUUUUUCUUCUUGGUACUUAUCACGGCCUUCUUGGGCAACCACACAGAGUGGCUCAAUAUGUUGGGUCCAGAGUGGUACCGACGCCGGCAUCACCUCCAACAGAAGGCACAACAAGAUGCCGAUCCGAUCAUUUCAAACCGGACAGUCAUCGUCUCUCCGGACAAGAUGACUGCUCGCCGGCUAAUUUUCCUACUUUCGACGUUCCUCCCGGCCAAGCACCGCUUCGAGCCGCUACCAUCUCCUUUACGUCCAGGUACCUCCACGUCCAUGCGUGCUAUGUCUCAAAGUCCGCCAAGCGUGCCUGUCCUCCGGCAGGAGUCUCUUCGUCGCGCCAUUGAACGACGGUCCCGUGCACAGCGUCUGAACCGGGACAAUGAUCAGCACCAUCGGUCCGUUAGUGCCUCUUCGAACGAAACAACCCACCGCUCGGAUGAUACUGAUUUGGGCCCUCCGCCGGAGCUUCAGCAAUAUCGGAGGGGCUCAGACACUCGCUCCAUCAGGACUUUGGGCAUCCCAAUGCAUGCCAAGGACGUCCGUGCCAAGAAUACCAGUACGGCCACGACCUCGACAACGACACCAAGUAGUACCGUUCCGGUUCCCCAUUUUGCUGCACAGAAGAAGCGUCCUGAACGGGAGGGACAAGAGCGACCUACAGUUGACAGCCUAGCUUCUGAGACACUCCUGAAAAACCUGCAGCGAAGUGAAAGUUCCACUAUUAGCAGCGCCAACAGCAGUCUUCCAUCCACUGGUGGCCGAUGGGGCAGCCUUUUCUCGGGUCUGUGGUCAUCGCGGCAGGACUCAUCGACCGUUGAUGGCAGUGACGCCAUUCCUACUUUUGACGCUCGCAGACAUUCUACCUCUACUGCAUACACCGGCCUUCCAAGGCGUGGCCCUCCAACCCUCAGCCAAAUGGUGGAAGAGGUGUCUGGCACCUUGCCGGAAGCAUCUCCAAAGACAGUAGGCAACAUGCCUAUUCCACAUCCAUCGGCUCAUCAUGACUUUGGGGAUGAGCAGCAGGACUUGUCGUCGACGACAGACCAAGUAAAAGAAUCUCCUUUGAAGCUGUCCGUACGAGGAGAUGAUGGUAUUGUCGACGUUGACCUCCCACUCCCUGGAUUCAUUUCCCUUUCUUCCUCCGGGGAUUCUACCGUGGCGUCGCCUAAGAAAACGCGGACAUCUGUUACCAGUGUUGAUGCCGUGGCAUCUACCCAUAGCAGUGGCUCUGGAUUCGCUUGUGCCCCCAAAGAACACGAUGGUCCCAAUAUCAAUGUUGCUGGCUGGAUGAAGAACUUUCAUGAGGAUUUCAUGUUACAAGCUGUGCGGCCAUAUAACAGUCUGGAGGCCGAUAUCAAGCGUGCCAUGCAAGCGGAACCUACUCCAAGCGGCUCGUUUUCUCCGGACUUGGAUGGAUCGGAUCGAUGGGUCGACGUGGCCACUACUUUGGUUGCCGAUGUUAGAACCUUUACUGUCAAGCGGCUACGUCUGAGACGAAAGGCUCCAUUGGACAAUGAAUCGAUAUCGCCUUCUACUCGUCGUCCAAGUCAAGUGUUUGGUCCUCUCACACCUGGUUCUACAAACACUAGUUUCUUCACUGAUCCUAGCCGAACUUCGAUGGAUGGUUUUGGUAUUCCUGAAGCAGAAGAGAAGUUCGUCGAGGAACCGGUCAUGGACCUUGAUGGCACAUUGAUUGAUGCUCUUGAACGUGUCUUGUCACAGAGUGGUCAAUCUUCUCUCGCUCAUUCGCGUGCUUCGUCCCCCCCUCGAGCCCGCAAAGGUGACUCCAGACGACCUUCGGAACCUAUCAAAGAUGAGACCCCUUCGGUUGAGGUCCCACGUGCGGAGUGUCGCAAGACGGUGCUUGGUGCUCUUGAAGAAGUCGUCCGCAGCGUGACCGCUGAGCAUUGCCGUGACGAUGUGGAUGGUGAGCUUGGUCUGGCGGAUCGCGAGCGGAAGCGGUCGUUGGCUGGUGUGGACAAUACCCUUAGGGAGGGAGUUCGUCGAUGGUUACUUGAUGUUGAGGAGGCUUGGUGAUUUUCUUUCCUUUAUUUCCUUUUGCCCCAUUUGCUUCGUUUCACCCUUUUUUCUUUUCUCCUUUGAUACCCUUUUCACCUUCGAUUCUUGUUGAUAUUAUUCUGGAUACCGGUAUCUCUGCCAGGCCACUGACAAAGAUAUCCCAUUUUCCUUUUUUUCUGUUGCUUAAUCCCCUUGUCUUUCUGUUGGUUAAUCCUCUUUUACCCCUUUCACACCAUUCAACAUCAUUUAUGAUACCCAUGUCUUACUUCGAUAUCUUGUUUUGCAUCAAUGCAUGCAUGAUACAUGAUUUGUUGCUGUUUAUGAUUUAGGAUAUGAUACUGGUUUCAGUGUUAUAAUUGCAAGUUGCUUGCUCUUUUUAUUUUUCUUAUAAUAUUCGAGUAAUCAGUAAUCAUAAUGCUUUCAGAUUGAAAUA